AUGACUGGAACAAUCAGGGUGGGCGCUGUUCAGGCUGAGCCAGUCUGGCUGGAUCUGGAUGGCAGCGUGGACAAGACGAUCGCUUUGAUCGAGCAAGCGGCGGCGGAUGGUGUACAAGUACUCGGCUUUCCAGAGGUAUGGAUUCCAGGUUACCCGUGGUCCAUGUGGACACAACCCGUCAUCGCCAACGGAGACCACAUCCAUGACUACAUGGCGAAUUCCAUGCGUCGUGACUCGCCCCAGAUGCGAAAGAUCCAAGCAGCGGUGAAGAAGGCGGGUAUGUUCAUCGUGCUUGGAUACAGCGAGAGAGACGGCUCCAGCCUGUACAUGGGUCAAUCGAUCUGGGGGGAUGGCCAAGCUGAGUCUCUGAAAUGUGUUGUGGACAGCCCCUUUGGCAAGAUCGGCGGGCUGAAUUGCUGGGAACACCUGCAGCCACUGCUCCGCUACUACGAAUACUCGCAAGGCGUACAGAUUCAUGUCGCCAGCUGGCCGGCGGAGUUUGAGAUGCCGGAUCCCAGCAAGAUCGCCUGGCUCUACCACGAGACUGGCGAGGCUAACUAUCGAGCGAGUCAAUUCUUCGCCAUCGAGGGCCAGGCUUUCGUUCUCGUGGCUUCGCAGGUCCUGACUGAACCGAAUCUGGAGAAGAACAAUCUCACUGGCAACCCCGUGACCAAGACGCCUGGUGGAGGCUUCUCCAUGAUCUUCGGGCCGGACGGGAAACCACUCUGCGAGCCGGUCGACGCUGGAGCGGAAGCGAUUCUGACUGCCGACAUCAAUCUGCGAGAUAUCGAUCGUCCGAAAGCGUUCAUUGAUGUCGUUGGGCACUAUGCCAGGCCCGACCUGCUCAGUCUGCUGGUCAACCCAGUGGCAGAUAAACAUGUGACGGUAAUGAACAAGCAGAGUACUACACUCCCGUGA